CAGCAGCAGACACAAUGAAACGAGGAGCAAUGUAGGACACCACGUUGGGGCUUGAAACGCAGACACCCCGAUAGAGACCCGAGUCGCCGAUGAGAAAAACGCGGAGUUAAAAAUCUCUGGAGAACAACUGACCGAGCUCAGGAAACGAGGCUCUCCUUAACUUUUGCUUUGUCGUUAAACGCAGUCGCGAUAUAAUGUCGUUCGCUUAUUCGGAUUAUUUAGCCGCAGAGUGCCUGGUGUCGAUAGCCAGCGGUCCCGUACUCCAUCGACCCACCCCGGUGUCUGGUGCGGCUCAGGCCCUUCCGCAGGGCCUUACUGCCGGGGAGCCAGACGGGUCGAGCGAGGACAGGGAGGUGCGGGAGACGCUCCGGUUAGAGGGGGCCAAUAUGAUGACGGUGGCGGAGAUCCUCACCGACCUGCACGGCAAUUUUCGUCCUAUGUCGGCCUAUUCCGAAAGCAGCAACUCGUCAUGCGGAGAGAGCGGUUACACCACGUUGUCAGACUCCACCACCCCAACGCCGACCAUGACCCCCUCUGCCACCCCUGUCCCGGGACAGUACAAUAACACCCCCCAGCAGAUUUGGGGAGGAGGGGGAGCACCCCGGUCCCCAACCAAGCGUCACCCCUGUACUUUCAACGGGUGUGAUAGGGUGUACGGCAAAUCAUCCCACCUGAAAGCGCACAUCAGAACACACACAGGUGAGAGGCCUUUUCCCUGCACUUGGCCUGACUGCGAAAAAAAAUUUGCACGUUCAGACGAGCUAGCCCGGCACCUGCGCACGCACACGGGCGAGAAGCGCUUCCUGUGCCCCCUCUGCGAUAAGCGCUUCAUGCGCAGCGACCACCUCAUCAAGCACGCUCGUCGGCACCCCAACUUCCACCCCUCCAUGAUCAACCGUAAGGUCUCAGUUCAAGGAUCUGCCUCCGCCCAGCCCUCUCCCUCCUCAGAGUACGCCAGCACUGCCGAGUAGACACACCCACUGCCUCACCGGGACCUCGAUCAGACCCCUGUUUUCUGCACUGUGACCACCAUCCCUGUAAGACGCAAUGCAGUCUGAUUCGAUCACUGUGCAUGCUGGGAUCUUUUGAGCUCAGUUCUUACUUCCACAGGCCAAAAAACGGAGAACUUCAUGUCUUCCUCUGAACCCCUUUCGUAAUGACCAAAAUGGGCGACGGAGACACAAACUCUUAAGCACAUUCCCCUGAUAUGCCAGAGUCAUGCGAUUAUAUGAUCACAUGGCUGGCAAGUGAUGCCGAAUACAUUGUUGAUCUUAAUUGUGCCUGCUUUGGGUGAAAUGUAUUGUGAGAUGUUUUUGGGCGCAUGUUGACAAAAUGGCCACCAGGAGUUUUCCAACAACACUUGUGUUAUUUGUCAUCUAGCCUAGCAUCACUUGUCAGCCAUGUUUUAUAACCUCUGAAAGGAUCUCCUGUUUCCUGUCUUUCCAUCUAUUGUCGAAAAUUUAGCACAACCUUGUUUGUCUUGUCUUUUUGUACAGCCAGAAUAGCAAACUCCCGCUGAUCUGUUUUGCUUGUCCACACAUAAUGUACGAUACAAUAACCACAUUGAUUUGUAGUAUUGUUAUCACAACGUUUACCUACAUUGACGUCGUGCGUUUUUAAAACGUUUGGUAUAAACUUAGUCGGGUAUUUUCAUUCCUUAAUCUAAUAAGAUCCUCAAUGCCCAUUUAAAGAAAACAUUGCUUAUAAUUAAAACCGAAAUGGCCAGUGAGUUUCCGUUAGGUAGAAACACUGCCUGUAUUUCCACAGCUUUCCCUACUGAAAUUAUUGAAAUCAUAAUAACUUAUUGGCAUUUUAUUUUACUUUUUUGCUUACGUUUUCUACUUGGAUCAGCAUGGCGUCUAAAAUAGCCUUUUAGUUUUUUUAAUCACUUAUAGCCCAUGCAUCUAUUAUUGCUUUGCGCAUCGAGGAACUUGUGUUUGUCCAUGUAAUGUUGACAUGUUGAUACAUGUAGCGAUGUGUUUAAUAGUAAUGUGGAUAUGUGUAGAUAAUAUCUAUGCUCGAAGCUUCAAUGGUUAAGAUGUUAUUAUAUAAACUACUAAAAGGAAUACUUAUGACAGUACACGCUUGAAUAGAAUAGAGUGCUGCUUGUGUGCGAAUGUUUGCGCGUCACGUUUGUAUGUAUAUUCACGCGGGGGAAGAACGCGAACUGUCGCGAACUCUACCUGAACUGUCCCGUCUGCGGACCUCUUACAACUAUCUCAGAGAACAAAGAACACAUCAGGAAACUCAGAAAGCCUUAAAUACGUUGACUUGUUUUGCACCAUUGUUUACUGUUUGAUAUUUUCUACAGGUAUGCCGGCAGGCAUUGAUCUACUCAACUAAAGAAAUACAAAUGCAAUAUUGCACUUUUUUCUUACUGGUAUUGUCAAUGAUAUUAUUCGUCUGCUAGUGUGAUGGGUUACACUUUAUGCUACUGCAUAGUUCUUCUACAAUAUGAACACUGUGGAAGGGGGUAAAGACCUGUCACAAUAAAUCGAUACAUUAGUCUCAAUAUGCACAUUUGUCUGUGUGUGGACAAAGUGAUUUUUGUGGCAUUUUCAGUUUCGUUUGUAUUAUUUCCUUCACGUUCUGUAGUAUCAAAUCAACUCUGUUACAUCAGUAACCGAUUCAAACGCUUACAAGUUUGUCUGCUGUCUUUCUGGUUCUCAAACCUACAGAUAACAUUUUAAUACUGUAUAAUACAGUUUGUCUGGGAAAAAAUGUUUUUCUGUGCUAAACAUGCAAUACUCAACGUACUUCAGGUAGCUGCAGGCAGAUAUCUGAAGUGCAAUGAUAAAUACUUUCUCAACAAUAACAAACCAAACCAGAAUAGUAUCUAAGACUAUAUGUAUUCAGUAGCCAAUUAAAUGAUGUAUUCCUAAAACUGCUUUGUAGGUUUGGCCACAAAUCUCUUUCAAAGGCCUUAAGAGCUGUUUUCUUCCAAUCAGAUGCAUGGUUUGAGUUGUCUUUGUAUCUGUUGUACUGUGUUUGGCUAAUGCACUAUUACAUCAAUGGUACACUGUGCUAUGCUGCAGCGGGUUUUGUAUGUGAUACUGGACCAUUGUGAUGUGUCUUUUGAUUUUCACUUACAAUGCCCUCUUUUAGCAGUCUGGAGUCAACUUUGCAUUUGAGAUACCUCCCAUUAUGCUCCACACAUUUGUAGCUAGAACUCUGGACAGUCUGUGCUAUCACAAACCACUGGAUCAAGUCUUGAUUUGUUUUUAAUUGUGUGUUUUGAGGUCUUUCAUUUCAGUGAUUAUUAUCUUUUGUAUUGUUUGGUUUGUUGUAUUGAAAGGUCUUGUUUCUUAUGCUUUGUAUUAGAUUGUGUACUAUAGGUGUCUCUAAAGUAUAGCUUAGCAAUCAUAUAGCAAAGAGAGGUCUUGCUCUAUAGUUCCUUCAGGAAAAUGCUGCAUCAUUUGCUUUUUUUUAGCAUCUAUUUCUCUGUAUAUCAAAAGCAGGUUAGCUGAGAUAUGUGUGUGAGUGUGGUUGCUUUAAAUCUAAUUGCUAGAUUGAGAAUUUGUAGAGGGAUGACUUUAUUUCGAGAACUGCUUUGUUGCUUGGCGUACAAUCUAUACAUUGUUCAUCCUGAAGUUUUUUACACACUAAACUGACUGGCAGACAGUCUACAGUAAAUCACACUAGAGUUAUGUCUAAAGAGAUCUUUUCAUGGUCUCAAUCUACAGCCAUGUCCCAUAUCAGUGGACAAGCGGGUUUAGUCUGUACAAAUGCUUCCAUGUAUCUCCUCAGGUGAUGAAACUAAAUGUUGAAAUCUCUGUUCUUCUGGAGCAGGACCUAAUGUUAAGCAUUCUUUUCAUUUGCUUUGUUUUGCGGUAUUCUGCUUUAAUUAUUUAUUACUUGCUAUUGUUUUGAUGUGCUUUAAAAUAUCUUUUUUCAGUACUUAUUUGUGGUAUGAGACUUGACUAAUAAUUUGAUUUGAGAAAUUGAUUCAUUGUUUGCCUCCAAAAAACCCUCCAGUGCUUUUUAAAUAAUAAACUGAUA